AACAAGAGAUCGGCUGAGGCACGUACGUACGUGCGUAUAAUAUAAUUAUUUUUUUAAUGAUUUUAAAAAGAAUAAAGAUAUUAAUAUAAUAAAAAUAGUAUUUCAUGUUUAAUAUUUAUAUUUCAAAAAUAAUAUAAGAUUUAUUAAAUCCGAUCCGAAUGAGAAAAAUUAGAUGGCAACCUACAUACUGAAACCAGGAAAAGAUGCCAGAUGGUUGACACUGGAUGUCUGUAAAGAAUUUUCCAAAGGAGAGUGUCCCAAUGCAGAUACUGAAUGCAAGUUUGCACACCCACCCUCUCAUGUUGACGUUCACAAUGGAAAAGUUGUCUGCUGUUUUGACUAUAUCAAAAGCAAGUGUCAGCGAUUGACUCCUCCUUGCAAGUAUCUCCACCCACCCACGCACCUAAAGGAACAGCUUCUCGAGAUGGGUCGGCAGAAUCUGAUCGUUAAAAACUUACAACUUCAAAGUGCUCUUACUUCGGGCCUCUUACAGCCUGUCAUUGCAGUCUCUGCUGCUUCCAACUCAUUACCUUUCAUUUCCUCAGCAAAGCCUGUCAUACCACCUGCUUAUCAGACCAUGAUAUUACAGAAUCAACAGUAUGCUACAGCCGGCAGUCCAUACAUCAUCCCCUCCACAACUCCCAGUUUACCGUAUCAUCACCAGCAAACGCAGUACCAGUACAUCAGUCCCCCUGCAUACCCCAGCAAUGGUGUCCUACAGCUGGUGGUUCGUCGUCUCAAUACGCCCCCAAUGUCAUUCCUCUCAACAUGAUCAACGCUUCUAAUAAUUAUCAGCUGCAAGUCAUUCCGUACAUAGAUGCUUUGGUGCCCCAGGCAGAUGCCACUAUGAAGUUGAGGCAGCAGGUGCAACAACACCAACAACAAGCGUCCCACCAACAAACCGUCCAACACACACAACAACUUCUUCUUCAAACAACAAUG